AUGGUUCGGUUCGGCCUUCUGCUAUCAACACUUAAACCAACAAGCAACUUCCCCUAAUUCUCCCACUCUCCACCUCCUCCACCAUCACUACCUUCAAUGCACUUGGAGCUGUGAACUUCAAUAGCGUCCGAAAUUCCACAUUCGCAUCCAGAUCGGACGACAACAUAUACAGUAUCUGGUCGUUCAAUAGUGGUUUAGCCAUCUGCAGACUACUUCAUUUCCUUGAUACCUUCCUUCGUCAACCACUUUCCUCCACAAUUCAUCUAAGGGUGCAGAUCAGUCCCAAAAGCUUCAUCUUUGCUUGCUCUCAGAGAUGUUUUGAGGUCGAGAUGUUCCGACACUGGUAAGACUCCUCAACAUCAUCUGCGCUGGCCGCCUCUAAUAACCAUAUUCAAAGGCCUGCCCAGAAGUCAAAAUUAAUUCCGACCACGACCCCACCAUCCGUACCUACGUUAAGGACUCCAAUUCACAGUUUCGAUCCGCUUCUAACUGUAACGCGUUUGUCAAUGGCAAGAUCACCAGUCUAUUCUUUGUUCGCAAAGACGUUAUUGCGCAAUACAGUCACUUCCUCGCCCAAAAGAUUCCUGUGUUGUCUCAUAUCGCACCAGAAGCAAUGAUCGACAUUAAAGAGAGUAAUGUUCAAGGACUUGAAGUUGUGCUACAUGCCAUCCACGAGAAAUUCAAUGAUCGCUGCAUGGACUUGUCUGUCGAUGACAUGUGGAAAGUGAUUGAGGCCAACCUUCGCUACCUUGACGAAUCUCACUUUCUAAAGUUGAAGGACUGGUUUGCCUCUUGGCUCGAUGGCCUCGACAAGAGUUCGCUCUCGAAAGAAGAUUAUCUCAAGCUGGCAGUUCCUUGCCGACGAUUUGAAAAUCCCUUGGGACUUCUCAAAGUAACAAGAUACCUCGCAUUCAACGUCCCCGUUAAGAUCGACUUCAUCUAUCCAAAGUUGAAUGUGGUUGGUCUCAGAAUUGAACCUAGACUGGAAGGUAUGUGUGUUUGCUUAUGCAGAGAAACACUUGAAGCUGAGUGAUCUGGGUGUAGCUGGGUUGAACUCUGCAAGAGGAAGUCUCGGAACAAUUCUCCUGGAGUGUGUUGAGUCAAUCGAGAAAACCAUAUACGAGUCAAAGUGCAAUGAUGUGUGCAAAGCUAUGUCUCUUCUAGCGGUCAAGAGGGGAUUGGACCAGUGUUAUAUGUUCCCGCCCCGGCAACAACUUCAUGGCAAGAGAGGUAUCUACGUCGAGUCUGCAAUUAAUAGGCUCAAGAACUUCAACUACGUACCAGCACGAGGUGCGUGUGAAACGUGUAGUCGAGAUUUUGGCCAGAAGCUCCAACAAAUGUUGAACGACCCCCGUCGUAUGUUUGAGGGCUUAUGUCUAGGCUGCGUAGUUGAUCCUACGGACAAUCGCAAAGGCGGGUAUGGUAGAAACAACAAAUUUUGGGGAGAUGGCUGUCGCAAACACGGAAUCCAGCACAAGGAGCCUUCGUGCUAUUUUUCCUGGGUGGCAUCAGAAAGAGUCAGAGAUCAAUAUCUGGACAAAUUUGAAGGAUUUGGUAAUGGUGGUCUUCAUCCAAUUCAUGAGCCAACAUGCCCAGACCCUGCCUCCAAUGGCCAUCAAGAGAAUGAUAUCCUUCCCAUAUUACCUUAUUAA